AUGAACGAACUUGCUAAAGUAUAUCAUAGCCAAGGAAAAUACAAGGAAGCAGAGCGAUGGCAUCAAGCUGUCUUUGAAGCAAAUCGGGAUGCAUUAGGAACGGAUAGUUUCGCAACUUUGGCUUCUGGAUUAUCUUGGAUUAAUGCACUUAUGGCAGAAGGGAGAAUAGCGGGGACUAUGGGGGACUUUGCAAAGGCCGAAGCUCUGACUCGCGAAGUUCUUCAGAAGAGUUUGAAUGACUUAGGACCUAGAGAUCCCGAUACGUGGCGUAGUAUCGAUUUCUUGGCUUGGGUUCUGGAGCGACAAUUUCGAUUCUCUGGAGCCGAAAAGCUGUCACGAAUUGCUCUACAGCUUUACCACGAGGUUCCGGGAUUGGAAGAACAGGAAGUGCUCAGUCCGAAGAGAUGUUUAUCUCUCAUUUGCUCUUACCAAGUUCGAUAUAAUGAAAGCAGGGAUCUAUCGCGUCUUCUUCAGGGAAAUCUAGAGACAUCCUUAGGUGACGAGCAUCCCUUGACCUUGGAGGCACAGUAUGCAAUAGCUUUCUCGCUGAGGCGAGAAGGCAAGUUUCUCGAGAGCCAGAGGCUAUAUCGAAAAGUCUAUAACAAGCGGAUGAAAGUGUUAGGAGAAUCGCAUCCUGACACUUGGAACACUGCUAGUAGUUUAACAUAUCUUCUCUAUCGCAUGAAUAAUUUUGAAGAAGCCAUAGUUUGGUAUGAGAAGUUCUUCUGGCAACGGCUUGAGAUAUAUGGUGCAGGUGGUGACAAAACGAUGAAUGCUUGUUGCUGGCUAGGAGACUGUUAUCAGAAGCUGGGGCGAUACGAUGACGCUUUGAGAUUGUACCAGCAGAUAGCAGGAAAAAUAAGAAUGGCGCACGAGGAAGAGAGUCCCGCACUGGCACAGCAAGGAAAUCAGACUUAUAAUUAUAUUCGAAAAGGCAAAAUGUUGUUCCACGGGCCAAGCGGUCUCGGCACCAGAUCCUAG